AUGUCUUUUGAUUCUAAUUCUAAUUCUUCUGUUUCGUCGAUUUAUUAUCGUUAUUCAGUAUUGCUCUCAAGCGAUAAACUUAAAGCUCCAUUAAAAUUCAUAUAUUCAUGCUUCUUAAAGCCAAUUGGAAAUAAUGCUGAUCAAAAGAGUCGAUUAGAUUCAUUUUAUGAGGAUCAAGCCGAAGUUUACGAUGAUACGCGUGGUCGCCUUUUGCGUGGAAGACUUACAAUGUUAAAGCUUACGGCUGGACAUCUCAAGAAACAAAUGACAAAUACGUCACGUAAGCCAAUUUGGAUUGACAUCGGAGGUGGAACUGGUUGGAAUGUCGAAAAGAUGAAUGAUUUCUUCCCGAUAGAACAAUUCGACAAAGUCUUUUUGGUAGAUUUGUGCGCACCACUAUGUAAAAUAGCGGAAUCCAGAUUUCAUGCUAGAGGAUGGAGUAAUGUUUAUGUUAUUUGUGAUGAUGCAGCUUCAUUUAAGCUCCCAGAAAUUGAAAAUGAUAUUGGAAAAAUUGAUUUGAUAACAAUGUCUUAUUCUUCGGACUUUUAUGUCUCUUCUCGUGUGAUUAGCAAUGAUGUACAAGUUCAACAAGGGAUACUAAAUCGUCAUUGCAACUGGUUCACUCGAUGGUUUUGGCAAAUUUGGUUUGAAUUCGACCAUAUUAACCUACAUCCAUGUCGUCGUGACUAUGUUGAAUAUCAGUUCGAUACAAUAAAAAGCUUUAACGGCCGCAACCAUUUCCUAAUUCCGUAUUUUGUUCAGAUUCCUUAUUAUGUUUGGUUGGGUACUACCAAAUCUUCAAAUUCUGCCUCCCAUGUUAAUUUAAAUCCUAUAGAAACCAUUUCAUUGACUUCUUCGGAAAAGUCUUCCAAAAUUUCUGCAGAAUCCAUCUCAAACAAAUCUCUUGUAAAUAGUCCAGUUUGGCGUCAAUCCUAUAACCCUACUUUACCGCGUCAUACUCAAUUUAAUACUUAUAUUUAUGCGUUUACGUGGGAAGAUCCACGAGAAGAUCUGAAAGUACUUAAUUUGAGUGAAGAUGAUAGUAUGCUAGUUAUUACUAGUGCUGGAGAUAACUUAUUGGAAUAUGCUUUAAGAGCAAAUCCUAAACGAAUACAUUGCGUAGAUCUUAACCCAUGUCAGAAUCAUUUGCUUGAACUGAAACUUGCGAGUAUCAGUGCAUUAGACUAUAAAGACUUUUGGAGUUUAUUUGGAAAAGGUAAACACAAGCAGUUUGAACACUUGCUUGACACACAGCUUUCUCCAUACCUAAGUUCACACGCCUACCAAUUCUGGAAAAAUCAUACCAAAACAUUUCAGAAAAACUUUUUCCGUACGGGUUCCUCGGGUAUCGCUUUACGACUUCUACAUUUGAUAAUAUCUUUGAAGGGUCUUUCACGUGAUGUAACAUCGCUUUGUCACGCAAGAUCAAUAAGAGAGCAAAAAAAGGUCUUUGACGACAAACUCCGACCUGCAAUCUUACACUCCUGGAUAAUAAAAAUGCUUAAUAAUCCUGUUUUCCUAUGGAAAGCUUUGGGUGUUCCAAUUCGCCAAUGGAAAAUGCUUCUUAAUGAAGGCACGGCUUAUCAAUAUAUAUGUGAUACUAUCGAUGGUGUCAUUGCUAAUUACAAACUUGCAGAUGAUGGAUAUUUUUAUUUCCUUUGCCUUAUGUUACAUUAUAGUUUUGAAUCUUGUCCAUCAUAUUUAACCCAGUCCGGUUUUAAUAAAUUAAAGAGUGGUGCUUUAGAUAGUAUUAGAAUCCAUACUAGUUAUAUUGUUGAUGCUUUGAAAGGAUUAGAUGAGGGGGAAUUGACAAGAGCUGUUUUAAUGGAUCACAUAGAUUGGUUUUCAGAAAGUGAAGCGGAUGAAGAGAUUAAACAAUUAGCAAGAGCUGUUAGGAAAGGUGGUCAGGUGUUUUGGAGAUCAAGUGCUAGGCAUCCGUGGUAUAAUAAGGUUUUUGCUAAGCACGGCUUUGAUGUUGAGCCG